CGGAGAUAGCAUUCCCUUCAUCGAUUAGAAUUGUCUAGUUUGCCCAUCGCCGAAGCAAUCAAACUUUCCCGUUCACAACCGCUGCCUCCUACAACCAUACAAUUGAUCGCUCCACACGGCCGCACUUGACCUUUACGACGCCAAUUAUCUUCUGGUGAACCCGAAACUCUUCAUAAAUUAUCGACUGGGCGAGAAAGCUGCAAUUCACCCCAGUCCCCACUCUAUGACCCCGAACGGUUAUCUUGCUUAGACCUCCCUACGAGCCAGCUGCCACCAAUCACAACAUGAAAGACCCACGGGCAGGCAAGAGGAGAAGAGUGUCAGACGUGGAGGAAAUAGACGCCGACGGAGAUGUGACAAUGGACGACAGAAACGGGCAAACUGCAUCCCCACCGCCGGCGCACACAGAAGAUACCGGAACGGAUGGACAGCAAAACGCGACGGCGACAGAACCGCCCGCAAGACCCGGACUACGGAGCAGUGGGCGGCAGCGGAAACCACCGCAGCGGUUUGAGGAGAUAGUUUCGCGCGCGCCGUCUGUUCGACGAACUACGUCUAGGCGAACCGGUCCGACCCCGAAGAGCGCGCAGACGACACGGCCGGUUUCGGAAAAGGAGGCGGUUUCAGAAGAGGAAGCGAUCUCAGAGAAGGAGGAAAGCGACGAGGAAUCGACGCCACCACCCAGAGUGACGCGCACGCGGUCCAGGGCUAAAAGGGCCCCUGCGAAGCCAACUCCCGCGAAUCCAGAUACCAACGGGGAUGCACCCAAUGGAUCGCCUUCUCCGGACGAUUACCAGGACGGGCUAGAGGACAUUGUCUCGAUGCAGCUGCAACAGGGCCUUACGCAACCCGAGGUAGAAGAUAGAGAGAAGGCGGUGCCCUCGAAUGAGGCGCUUCCUGAUUAUGCGGAGAAAUUCCUCGCUCUCUGCCAAACGGGACUGACGGACGAGCUACGGGUGAUCACGCAAACAAUACUCGAGAAACUCAAUGGCAAACGGCCAGUCCCGCUGAAGGGGCUAGAGAGCGAAUACAGCAAAGCGCACCAGCUCGUUGAGCAGACGGUAACGGUCGGGGAGGGCAACUCGAUGCUGCUCUUAGGUUCGCGUGGGUCAGGAAAGACGGCUAUAGUCGAGACGGUAAUCUCGUCGCUGCGGAGAGAACAUGGCAAUGAUUUCCACGUCGUGCGUCUCAACGGUUUCUUGCAGACCGAUGAUCGGUUAGCCCUCCGGGAAAUGUGGCGCCAACUUGGCCGCGAGACCAACACCGAAGACGAAGCCAGCAAGGUCAGCAGUUACGCCGAUACCAUGGCGACUUUACUUGGCCUUCUCUCCCACCCGGAAGAGAUCUACGGCGCCCAAGGGAACGGGGAAGCGUCGACAGCAGCGAAAUCCGUUGUCAUCGUACUCGACGAGUUCGACCUGUUUGUGUCGCAUCCGCGUCAGACGCUGUUAUAUAAUCUGUUUGAUAUAGCGCAAGCGCGCAAGGCCCCCGUGGCUGUUGUCGGGGUCACCACCAAAGUGGACGUGACGGAGAUGCUGGAGAAGCGAGUGAAGAGUCGGUUCAGCCAUCGAUAUGUCUUCGUUCCGCUUCCGAGAACAUUUGACACGUUUUCCGAGAUCUGCUUUGCCGGAUUGAACUUGGAAGACGAGGAGGUGUUGGAUUUAGCGGAUGGAGCAGGCCAAUCUGUCAUUCAUUCCGAGAAUGGGCAGAGGGCCUUGGAAGGAUGGAGGGCGUAUCUCGAGGGCCUGUGGGGCGACGGAGCAUUCCAAACCCACCUACAAAGAAUAUACCACCAAACGAAGUCCACACGGGAGUUUUUCACGAGCGCCCUGAUGACAAUCAGCGAGCUGCACUACAGCACCUACAGCGACGACACCACCGGCGAGGUCUCCCUGCAGAUUCCCACCCCCGCCGCAUUCAUCAGCCAGACGCUGUCAUGCCCCGACCCAGCACCUCUCCCCUUCGACACCUCCACAAGCUCCACCAGCCAAUCCUCUCUACCUCUCUCCCUCCUCCUAGCCGCAGCCCGUCUCACAGCGCUCUACGACCCGGGCCCUGACACCGCCCAGCCACAGGCUCUCGCCCCACUGGCGUUGUCCUUCCCCGCCGCAUACGCGGAGUACGUCCGACUGCUGACGUCGGCGAAGACAUCGGCGUCUGUAUCCGGCGCAGCCGCCACACCCGGACGAGUGUGGGGCCGCGACGUGGCUCGCGAGGCGUGGGAGAAGCUCGUCAGCUGGGGUCUUGUCAGCGCCGUCGGCGGGGGAAGCGGGACGGCUGACGGGCGGAUGUUCCGGGUGGAAAUCAGCUUCGAGGAGGUGGUGGAUAUGGCUGGGUCUGGGGGGUCGUUGGGCAAGUGGUGGCGAGACGGGUAGAGGGAUACGGACAGACAGGGAUAUACCUUAGAGCAUUUGGCGCGGUAGAAAGCGACACCGCAAGACGCGCAUCGUGAUUUUGGAAUGGUGGUC